AGGCGCGUUGCUUGUCAGGACUUGUUCACGUUUCGUCCAGGCGAACUGUUAUUUGUAUAAGUAUUAUCAAGUGUUCCGACACCGAUAUUGGCAGAAUUUAUUCCAUUUUGUAGUAUACAAACUUUUUACUCUCCAGCACUAGUACGAUUGUUAUCUUCUUGUUUAUCAUCUGACCGUCUUUUUCGCUAGUGAACGAAAAGUGAAUGAAACAACGUUUUUGAGAGCAGAAUUGAAAAGAUUAUAACUACAAACGGGUGGAUCUGGAUGAACUAGUACAACACCACCACUAGAAUAUCAAUAUCUCAACCGGUUCUAUGAACAGUACUAUCAGGGGCAUACACAGGACAUAACUAUUUACAAAGCAGUGCUAUCACAACUUCUAGUUGUACGAUUUUGAGUAAAUGGUCCUCAAUAUUACCUAAUUAUAAAAAAAUAGAAUAUCUUCAUCAUUCUCGUCAAAUGAAACAAAAAUGCCGUCGACAAGCACAACUUCUGACAUUCACACUGGUGAUUUCCAAGCUAGUGGCCUCGAUCGCUCUCCGGAAAAAAAGGUAGAAGAGCUCAAUAAAAUGCAGCCUUCUGCUAAUGCUUCUGCUACUAGUGCCUCUGCUACUUCUGACGUCCAUGUCGUCUCUUCACCUGCUAUUCGUAGGUUGAUGAGUUUCGUCCGAGAUGCAGCGACUGAGCAAGCUCCAUUUGUGCGCUACUCGAAUCGCGUUAUGCGCAUUUUGGUGGAAGAAGCUUUGAGCUACCUGCCGCACAAAGAUACACCGAUCACCACAGCGUGUGGGGUCUAUUCCGGAAAGAAAUUGGUGGAAGGACAGCGAGAGGGAGAUUUGUGCGGGGUACUGCAAUCCCGUAAGUUUUAAGUCUGAAAUAUUCAUCUCCUCGUUAUCGCCUACAAGGGCAGUCAACAUUCACAUACUUACUCAAGUAAUGAAACACCAAAGUCAACAAGUAAAAGAAUUCAUCCACCAACUAAGUACAUUUAAUUUCACUCUGCUAAAUGAAAAAGAACAACUUCCUCACCAGGUUUCCAUCAUGCGAAGCGGCAAUUGCAUGUUGGAAGCCGUCCGAGAAGUGAUUCCUGACCUCAGUGUCGGCCACAUCUUAGUCCAACGAGAUGAGACGGAUCCGGAGAAGAAACCGAUUUUCUACUACAAGAAAUUUCCGGAGGAAGUGGAGAGGAGGACUGUCCUUCUCUGCGAUCCGAUGUUGGCAACUGGUGGAAGCGCCAUCGCAGCACUGAAAUGUCUCGUCGAGGAUGCAAAAGUAAAGGAAGAGAAAAUCCUUUUUGCCGUUUUGAUUGUUAUGGUUGUGAUGCUGAGGCCAACAAGAGCGAACUCGUCCCGUACGACCUGUCUAAUUUUAACUACAGUACAACACGUAGUCAAUGAUGUCCUCCCGACCACCUUCUAACUCCCCUGCACCAGAGGGUGUAAAAGCAGUAAAGGCUGCAUAUCCGAAAGUCACAUUGGUGACAGCAGAACUCGAUGAAGGCCUGAAUGCGGCUAAGUACAUCGUGCCUGGCCUCGGUGAUUUUGGAGAUCGAUAUUAUGACACGGCGUAA